AUGCUCAGGGGACGGCGUCGUCGCCCUUCAGAAGGGGCGGCGCACCUAAACCGCAAUCCAUUCAGCCAGGUCCCGGUAGUGGACGAUAAUGGGUUUGUGAUCUACGAAACUCGCGCGAUUUGUCGAUACCUCGUUGAGAAAUACCCCGACCAUGGGCCUUCUCUACUCCCUGGACCGUCUCUGGAAGAGCGCGCCAUCUUUGAACAAGCAGCAUCUGUGGAGGCCACAUUCUUCCCAGCCGUCACCAAACUCGGGUGGGAGAUGCUGGGGAAGCCGAAACGCGGUCUCGAGGUAGACGACUCGGAAGCCGCGCUGGCAAACAUGCUGGAAGACUUCGCUGCAAAAAUGGACGUCUACGAACAUAUUUUGGGCAAGCAGGACUACAUUGUCGGUAAUGAUAUAACUCUCGUCGACUUGUUCCAUCUGAUUUCAAUGCCUGCCUUCUGA